AUGGAUGCCAUCGACGCCUUCAAGCUAGCCAUGGAGGCCGUAUACGGUCCGCUCGACAAUGCGACAGCUCAAGACGCGGAAAAAUGGACUCCUCCUGCUUCGCCCGGCGCGGGCGGACAUCACGGCCGAUACUUGUGGACGGAUGCGUUUGGCGUCAUCAACUUUCUGACCCUGUACAAGGAGACAUCCGCGGUGCGCUAUCUCAACCUCGCCGCCGGCCUGGUGGACUCGGUGCACAACAUUCUUGGGAGAACCAGAGACGGAUCCCAAAGGCUGCCUGGUGCAACGGAAGAUGCGCCGUUGACGGGCGGGCUGCGGAUCGGCAAAAUGGCCGAGUUUGGGGCCGACGGCGACGGCCAGUAUCACCACUACCUCACCAUCUGGAUGUUUGCGCUGAACCGUAUGUCCGUGGCAACCGGCGAGCCCAAGUUCAACAACUGGGCGAUGGAGCUCGGCAGGGCCGUCCACCCUCACUUUGUCGUGCCCGACACGCGGGGGCACAAGCGGAUGGUGUGGAAAAUCUCAACCGACAUGAGGGAGGUUCUGGUCCCGUCAGAGGGCCAUCUCGACGCCGCCACGGGGUUCGCCGUCUACAGGCUUUUGCAGCAGACUGCUGAGUCGUACGGCGGGGGGGACGAGUUGUCCCUGCGCGCCGAGAUUGCCGACUACUCGGCGAUAAUGGCGCGCCCUGGAAAGCUGGCGCCGACAAGCGACUCCCUCGACUUGGGCAUGGGGCUGUGGAUGUGCCAGUUUUGUCUUGACGAGCCGUGGGCCGAAGGGUUUGUCGACACGUCGCUGCGGAUGCUGCGGGAUGGGCUGGACCAUUCCCGACAUGGAGGCUCUGGGUUGCAGCGACACAAGAGGCUGGCGUUUAGGGAGUUUGGCGCGUAUCUUGGGGUUCGUUGUAUUGGGGCGGAUGAGGAGCUCCAGGACAGGGUCGACACAUUGAUCAAGUCGUGGGAUGGAACGGGGGGACACGUUGAUGAGGAACUGAAGCCCAUUUCGCACGUCAUGUAUGCGAGUGCUUUGAUCCCUGGUGGUGAGUUUUACUCGUCUAUUGUUUGA